AAUAUCAGCUACAGGAUCCGAAGAAGUAAUGUCCCAUCAGACGGGUAUUCAAGCUGCUGGGGAGGUCAAAGACAUAUUUGCCAGUGCCAGGAAUGGAGAUUACAGACUCCUGAAGAUUGUGAUCGACAAUGAACAGCUUGUACUUGGUGAGACCAAGGAGGCUGGUCAGAACUGGGACCAAGAGUAUGACUCCCUUGUCCUACCUCUGCUGGAGAAAGACAUGCCAUGCUACAUCCUGUACAGGCUGGACUCCUCCAACAAUCAGGGAUAUGAGUGGAUCUUCAUUUUCUGGUCGCCUGAUAACUCACCUGUGCGACAUAAGAUGCUCUAUGCUGCUACGAGAGCAACGCUGAGGAAGGAGUUUGGCGGUGGCCACAUUAAGGAUGAGAUAUUUGGCAAUGUCAAGGAUGAUGUAUCGCUGAGUGGCUACAGGAAGUACCUGACCUCACGGGCUGCCCCUCAGCCACUGACUGCUGCUGAGGAAGAGCUCAGACAGAUCAAACUUAAUGAGGUAUACACAGUUAUCAUUUGGAAAAUACAAACAGGAAGUGGGCGGGUUCAGACUGACAUCAGUGUGGACACCAAGCAUCAAACCCUUCAGGGCGUGGCAUUUCCUUUGCAUGCUGAUGCCAUGGAGGCACUUCAGAAGUUCAGAGACAAAAAAUUUAACUACGUUCAGCUUGAAAUCAAUUUUGAGCAAGAGCUCAUUAUUUUGUCCAACACUGAUGCUACAGAGGUAAAAGAUUUACCCAAGAGGAUUCCCAAAGAUGCUGCACGCUACCAUUUCUUCCUCUAUAAGCACUCACAUGAGGGUGACUACCUGGAGUCUAUAGUCUUCAUCUAUUCCAUGCCUGGCUACAACUGCAGUAUCAAAGAGAGGAUGCUGUACUCUAGCUGCAAAAGCCCACUGAUAGACAUGGUGGAGAGUCAACUACAAAUGGAAAUAGAGAAAAAGUUGGAAAUAGACAAUGGAGAUGAGCUGACCGCUGACUUCCUGUAUGAAGAAGUCCAUCCCAAGCAGCACGCGCACAAACAAGCGUUUGCAAAGCCCAAGGGUCCAGCAGGGAAGAGGGGUGGGCGACGGAUCACCAGACCCCCCGGGGAAGAGGACAACGGUGACGAUUAGGUGAAAAGAUGAACAACUCCUGCCUCAGUCUGCUCUCGGCAGCGGAACAGCCCGGAAAAAUUAAGACAGAGCUCAAUUGAAACAAAGUCAGCGUGUAAUUUUUUUUCCCCCUUCCCUAUAUUGGCACCAACUUCCUCAUUCUGAACUAUGCACACCUCGGAAGACACAAACCGUUUCUUCUUCGGAUAUGUUUCCAUUUGUAGCUUAAUUGACAGUGCACGGUAGGCUAUUUAUGAAUCAGAGUCAAGAGAGAGUUCCCUUAAUUAUUUAAAGUAUAGGACCAGGUUACUUGUUAAAAUGAAUACACUGUGCAAUCCACAAACCCCUCAUGAAGUAGGUGUAUAUUCUUCAUUAAUGCGGCACAACGUUGUUAUAAAUCAUUUUUAUGGAUUAUUCGUCAGGUAAGGACCCUCCCUCCAGGAGAGCUGCUCAGCUGAUUGGUCUGACUGUUUUUACACACCAAAUCCCAUGAUUCAGCAUUUUACUCAGCACUCAGAUUAGUUGAAUCAAGGAUUGGAGCAAAACCUGUAUAAACCCCUGCUCUCCUGGGGGCGGGGUUACCCAUCCGUACACAUACUGUGUACAAAACAUACACAAAAAGGUCAUGUUUUGGGCAUCAUAAGUGGUUCAUGACAUCAUUUUUCCCUGUUUAUUAGUGUCAAAAUAUAUAGUUCAGUAGGGAUAUGAAUGUUUGCAGAAUUAAAUAUUAUUAGGUGUGGGUUUUUUUUUUGUUUGUUUGUUUUUUUACACUGUUACAUUGCCAGGACUGAAAUCUAAAACUAAAGCAGGAGUGUGAACAAACGUGAAAAGGGAAAAGAUGAGAGAUCCACUUUGUAUUCCCACCCUUUUGUUUGUCUUUCUUUCAUUCCAGUUGCUUUUGAAAUAUUUUUUUUUUUAUAUACAUAUUUUAACCAGACACAUGAGGCCUAAGUUACAAACAAAUGUCUUAAUCCCAGCCAGCACAGCUAUACGAACAGUUUUCAAAGAGGUGUGUUCACUCCUCAUUACUCCUUUUAACACUUUCUUUUCAACAACACAAAACAAAACAAAACAAUAAUUUUUGAUAGAAUGGUGGUUUACAUGUAUUCCCAUUUGCCAAGAAACUUAUUUUUCUAUGCAAGUGCUGUACAUAGGUGUUCUCUUUGUUCAAUAAGGUCUUGUCUGUUAUGAUUGCGCAUCAGUAUCGGUGGCCAUUGCAUGAAUUGAAAGAGAACCAAUCAUUUCCAUUGAAAAAUCACUUGCUUUCUGAAUCACUGACACAUGCAAUGGCUAAUGCAUGAGAGGAAUGGGUACACAGAGUAUAUGCAUUGUAAUGUGAAUUGCGUGUGUCCUCUUGUAGAGCUGCACUCUCAGGAUUUUUAAUGAAGGUCCUAAUGCAACCAAUCCACGGUCAAAUAUGUAUUUGAUAUGUUACAGGAAUCAGUUCUGCCGUAAGACUCUUGACUGUUGACAAUUCCUGUACCUUUGGAAGCUUCAUGAGUUCCAUAUAGAUCUGAAAGGAUGUUUCCUUGGCUAGUGUAGACCAAGUAUGUCCGGUGAAAACUUAAGUAACAAAGAUGGAACAAGGAAAUUGUACCAUGGAAGAGAAAUGGAGCAGAUCGUUCAAACACUUAAAGUAAGCCUUGAAUCUAACAUAAAUAAUUAAAGAGCUUAGUCAGUGCUAUUGGAGUGGAGUACUAAGUCAGAAUGUUUGCAUAGGCCUUGAGAAAAAUCCUGUAUUUAGUGCAGCUCUCCAGGUGGAAGCCUACUUGGAGUGAAAAGUCAAAGAUGCUAACUUAUUGUCAAAGUAUGGGCCACAACAGACACACGCAUCUACUGAUCCACAAGAACAACCAUAUUUUGAACUAACAUUCAUGCUGUGUAAGGCAAUGCCUUUCUUCACACAAAUAGAAUUGUGUUUGUGGUGGUGUAAACUGUUGUCAGAAGGGUGGCCCAAA